AUGAGUGUGUCGUUUUUGCAGGAAGAGGUCCAAAAAAGGAUGGAGACGGAGAAACUCGAAGACCUUAAACAGCAAGCCUCUAUACAGGAGCUUAUCAGAAAUUCGCCCUUCUACCAACGAAUGGCUCAACCAACGCCUGCAGAGAUUCGGCUAGAUCUCAUUUAUUAUGGCUUCGAUGUCCGAUGGAUUUAUCUUGGACUAUGGGCGGCCUUUUCGAUGGCACUGUCAAUUGAUUGUUUUCUCUUCAGCAGUUGGUUCUUGAGGAAUAUGACCUUCAAUCUAUAUCCGUUGGUUUUGAUUUCUUUGUUAGAGACUAUCGCAGUUCUUUUUACUUUUAUGAAGGUGGCAGAAGUUAGUUAUGGAUUGGCGAAAGUUGUUUUCGAAAGACUAAAAAAAGUCAAAAUUCACAAGCAAGAAAAGACUGUACUGCAGUUCUCCACUUUGUCACAUCGGGACAUCUCGCUGAGAACUUCAAUCGUUGACUCGUUUGACUUUGGGGACAGAAGCACAUGCAUGAACACAACAGAUUCCCAGCAAAAGGACGGAAAGGACGAAGAAGUAGAACCCGGUAAUGAAUCCGUUUCGAUUCAAAAGAUCUACAACCCAUUCGAUGACAGUGAUCUCUUCAACUCAUCCUAUCAAAUGAAUUUGAAAAACUUUAAAUCUUCUCCACAAUCCAUUUUAACUCCAAUUCAUACAAAGGAACAAUUGGACGCCUUAAUGGCCGAGGAUCGAGAGAAGCUUGCCUUAUCACGUUUGGAUACAAGGUUUUUCUACUAUCACAAGAGCAUGAGAACAUCACCAUUAAACGAGUCGCCAUUUGAAACGAGCAUGCAAAGCAGCAACCUAGUAGAUGACAACGACUCUUCCUUGAAAAUUGCGGACGAUGGUCGUAUUUAUAUGGUUUCUCCCAAUAGCGAGUCUCGCGGAGACGAUGAUGAAGUACUUGAUUUUCGCGCUCAACUCAAUGAAUCUCGAGAGUCGAUGACUGGCCGUCGAGGCAGCGUAAAUCGGCGUCGACGAUCGGUCUCUCCAGAACAACAUCCGUCACUAGGCGAGCAAGCACAGGCCGCCACCACAGGCCUCGAGGAAUUCUCGCCCUUGGAAAUCGAAGGGGUAGAGCCAAGAGAAUUAAGAUCGAUGUUGAAUGAAGUGCAAAUGAACCUCUGUGAGCCACGUCUACGCAUUUGGAUUGUCCGUACUAUUCUUCAACCGAUUUUGAAAGCAAUAUCUGAAACAAAUCAAGAGCUAUCAAAGUCGUUUGCCGGAUUGCAUCUACGAAUCGGUGUCUCGACGUUGGAGGCUCUUCGCGUAGCUCUCAAGACAAAUAAUCGUCUUGGUGUAACAAAGUUACCAUUUUUGCUACCAUUUUUGGAGGUGGAAGAAAAUCAAGCUUACUUGGUCGCCCGCAUUUCGCAACUUGGAGCGGAUUCAUUUAUGGAUGAUUACAAAUGGAAUGGUGGUGGAACAAUUUCAAAGGCCGGUACUGAUGUGGAUCAAAAAGCGACGAGUCGUCUUCUACCACCGGGCUGGCAGCAACCACUUAUCACCGAUGCUCAACUCAUCUUCAAGCUCUUCACAUCCUACAUGGACUCAAUGAUUGCUUCAUCAACAUUUACGCACAAUCAUUUGAAUCGGCCUUUCACUUCACGCUACAUUUUGGAUCUGAAGGAUAACAGACUACAAGCGUAUCAAUCGAUUUCAGCUGAAUAUUACUUCAGAAUGACUACUCAAAACCCUCCUCAUAUUGAUUUCAUCUAUGUGAGUGAAAUGGGUCGACCAGUCCGCCUGCCUAUUCAGCCUGGACCGCAAAAUCUGUUUAGAUCUAUCCUGAGCUUUAUACAUCAUAUCAAGGUUUACUACGAUAGCACAGUGAGUCAAGUUGAAAUGGGGCGCAGUGGAAUCAACCUCGAAUGUGUCAUUGAUGUGGAU